CCUCUGCGCUAUUUAAGGCGCCCCCGCCGCCCGCGCGGUCCAGCAGGGCUCCCGCGGGCGCCGUUCCGGCCAGCGUCCCCACCUCCACCUGGGCCGCCCGGCAGGCAGGCGGUAGGACGGGCGAGGCAGACCUCCCUGGAAGACUUGUUGCUAGGCGAACAAGAAGGAUGCCAUGCUGACAUGCUGACACGCUCUGUCUCCUUGCAGACGGAGGCCCGGGAGCCAUGGGUGACUGGGGCUUCCUCGAGAAGCUGCUGGACCAGGUCCAGGAGCACUCCACCGUGGUGGGCAAGAUCUGGCUGACAGUGCUCUUCAUCUUCCGCAUCCUUAUCCUGGGACUUGCUGGCGAGUCAGUGUGGGGUGACGAGCAGUCAGAUUUCGAGUGCAACACGGCCCAGCCAGGCUGCACCAACGUCUGCUAUGACCAGGCCUUCCCCAUCUCCCACAUCCGCUACUGGGUGCUGCAGUUCCUCUUUGUCAGCACGCCCACCCUGGUCUACCUGGGCCAUGUCAUUUACCUCUCUCGGCGAGAAGAGCGGCUGCGGCAGAAGGAGGGAGAGCUGCGGGCACUGCCGGCCAAGGACCCACAGGUGGAGCGGGCGCUGGCGGCUGUAGAGCGUCAGAUGGCCAAGAUCUCGGUGGCAGAAGAUGGUCGCCUGCGCAUCCGUGGAGCACUGAUGGGCACCUAUGUGGCCAGCGUGCUCUGCAAGAGCGUGCUAGAGGCAGGCUUCCUCUAUGGCCAGUGGCGCCUGUAUGGCUGGACAAUGGAGCCUGUGUUUGUGUGCCAGCGAGCGCCCUGCCCCUACCUCGUGGACUGCUUUGUCUCUCGCCCCACGGAGAAGACUAUCUUCAUCAUCUUCAUGCUGGUGGUCGGACUCAUCUCCCUGGUGCUUAACCUGCUGGAGUUGGUGCACCUGCUGUGUCGCUGCCUCAGCCGGGGGAUGAAGGCACGGCAGGGCCAAGACGCACCCCCAACCCAGGGCACCUCCUCAGACCCUUACACGGACCAGGUCUUCUUCUACCUCCCCAUGGGCCAGGGGCCCUCAUCCCCGCCAUGCCCCACCUACAAUGGGCUCUCAUCCAGCGAGCAGAACUGGGCCAACCUGACCACGGAGGAGAGGCUGGCUUCUUCUAGGCCCCCUCUCUUCCUGGAUCCACCCCCUCAGAAUGGCCGAAAAUCCCCCAGUCGCCCCAGCAGCUCUGCUUCUAAGAAGCAGUAUGUAUAGAGGCCUGGGGCUUAUGUCACCCCGACAGAGGGGUCCUGAGAAGUCUGGCUGCCUGGGAUGCCCCCUCCUUGAAGACUCUGCAUUGAUGACCGGGCCAGGGAAGCAGAUGCCUGCUGGCCAUAGAGCCGCAUUGCAAGUUGUUCUUGAACACCUGAGGCCUUCCUGGUGCCCACCAGGCACUAUGGCUUCCUCUCCAGUAUGUGGCUUUGCCUGAACACAGACAGAGUCAGCAUGGGAGGCUCCUGGCCAAGGGUAUUGGGGGCCCUCUGGCCUUUUGCAACCGAUCCAGAGGGACCCAGAGCCAACUUACCCCAGCCUCACCCUACGGGAGAGUCACCCGUGCGCAGGUUGGCCUCACACCCUCGCCUCACAGGAAAAGGCAGAUUGAGGCUGCUGGGUCAGCCUUAAUCUCACAGACAGAGCCUGUGCCGGAUCUGGCCCUAUCAAGGGAACUGGAGCCUUGUUUUCAUCACUCCUUCCUAGUUCUACUGCUCAUGCUUCUAAAAUAAACAGGACUUGAUCACAA